AAUUACAACCGUUGUUGGCUUGCUGCAUGUUUUGUUGACAUCCACUAGCAAACACAACACUGAAGUUACUUCCCCCCCCUCUGGUGGAUUCGGCUUUUGAAAUGGCUUCAAGUUACCGGAAACCAGCUCCAUCCGCGGCCCCCAGGAAAAAGACACACUCCAAAACCGAGUUGACCGAGGAGCAGAGGCAGGAGAUCAAGGAAGCGUUUGACCUGUUUGACACGGAUGGAAAUGGAACGAUAGACGUGAAAGAACUCAAGGUUGCCAUGAGAGCUUUGGGCUUCGAACCAAAGAAAGAGGAAAUCAAGAAGAUGGUCGCAGAUUUCGUCAAAGAUGGCUCUGGAACUAUUGAUUUUGAGGACUUUCUCAGUAUGAUGGCCCAGAAAAUGAAUGAGAAGGAUACCAAAGAGGAAAUAAUGAAGGCUUUCCGGCUGUUCGAUGACGACUGCACAGGAAGAAUCUCCUUCAAAAAUCUCAAAAGAGUUGCCAAGGAGCUGGGAGAAACCCUGACGGACGAGGAGCUGCAGGAAAUGAUCGACGAAGCCGACCAGGAUGGUGACGGAGAAGUCAACGAACAGGAGUUUUUACGGAUAAUGAAGAAGACCAAUCUCUACUGAGGCUCCUGAGUGUUAGGGUGAUAAACGGGGCCUUUUCAGGAUUCACACCUCACCUUGUCCCAACAAGCUUCUUCUGGGACUAAGAUUUGUUUUCUUUGUAAAUAAGUAUUUUUAUUAUACUGGAUCUUUGUACAGAUUUUCUUUUCUACAAGAAAAAUAAAAAUAUUUCAU